UCAACCCACCCGGCAAUCUCCAGUCAAGCAAUCCUCGCACAUCUCUCCACUCCUCGAAUCCUCUCUCCACCACCAGCGCAGCAGCUCGCCAUGGACGCCUCAGCCACCGUAGCCGCCGGGAAGGCGAAGAAGGGCGCGGCCGGGCGCAAGGCCGGAGGCCCCAGGAAGAAGUCCGUGGCGCGGUCCGUCAAGGCCGGGCUCCAGUUCCCCGUCGGCCGCAUCGGGCGCUUCCUCAAGAAGGGCCGCUACGCGCAGCGCGUCGGCUCCGGCGCCCCCGUCUACCUCGCGGCCGUCCUCGAGUACCUCGCCGCCGAGCUGCUGGAGCUCGCGGGCAACGCCGCCAAGGACAACAAGAAGAGCCGCAUCAUCCCCCGCCACCUGCUGCUCGCCGUCAGGAACGACCAGGAGCUCGGCAGGCUGCUCGCCGGCGUCACCAUCGCCCACGGCGGCGUGAUCCCCAACAUCAACCCGGUGCUGCUCCCCAGGAAGACCGCCGAGAAGUCCCCCAAGGAGCCCAAGUCGCCCAAGAAGACCGCCAAGUCCCCCAAGAAGGCGUAGGUGGCCAUUGCCUAGUUAUCUCGGGGUAGCUGGGAUGGAUGUAUGGGUGUGCUUCAGCUCGAAGCAGAGUGUUAUUGUUGUGUCGUUGUAUCUUCUCAUCUGUGAAUUCAAUGGAACAAUGAGUUGCUUUGAUAUUA